AUGGCAGACACAGGCAGAACCCCCGCAGGCUCUCCUCCACCUGGAGUGACCCCAAAUUUCGUGAAUCCUCCCGGCUCCGAAUAUCAAAUCUAUUCGGUCAGCAUUGGCUUGUGUGCCGCGGCGACAUUGGUCUUGAUUGUUCGGCUUUACACACGCGCAUUUAUUUUGAAGAAUCUACAUCUUGAUGAUGUAUGUCUACGAAAUCUGGUUUCGCCUUGGCUGAGGUUGACGAGAACAGAUGUCAAAAACGGAUAUGGAGUACACAUCUGGGACUUAUAUCUUGAUCAGUUGACAGCAUUCAAGAAGAAGUAUGAUCUCGCAGAAGAAGACGUAUACUCUCUUGGUGUCUGGUUUGUCAAGACAUCCAUCCUCCUGUUCUACCUCCGCCUCAGUCCCGAGAAACGAUUCCGUCAAAUCACCUACGCUAUCAUGGCUUUCGUUGCGGCAUACAGUCUCACAAGUAUCCUUGUCUUCACACUGGGCUGUCAACCAGUCGCUGCUAUGUGGGACGUGAGCAAAUCGGCUGGAGCGAAAUGCGUGGACCAAUUCUCUUUUGUUUACGCAAAUGCCGCAUUUAACGUGUUUUCUGAUGUGAUCAUUCUAAUACUGCCAAUUCGUCUUUGCUGGUCUCUGCAAGUAUCAUGGAGGCAGAAGACAAUGCUGUUGAUGCUGUUCAUUCUCGGUUCAUUUGCUUGUAUUGUUUCAUGUGUUCGGAUCAUCACCAUGAUGCCGUUUAUUCAUAGCAGUGACUUUACCUGGUACAAAGUUACCCUUGCGGCCUGGUGCAUGGUCGAAAUCAAUGUCGGUAUCAUCUGUGCCUGCCUUCCAGUCAUGCGCCCUCUCUUCCUCCAGACCUUCCCGCGCCUUUUUAGCAGCAUCGGCAGCAGAAAUACCAGCGGAAACCAGCAGUCCAGUGAAAACAGCUAUCAGCUCAAGAAGCCAGCUAGGAAGAUCCGCAAUUGGGACUACCUGACUACGCUCCACACUCAGCUGACAAACGCAGGGAGGGAUCAAGAUGGUGAUGCAGAGAGUGCACAGGCAAUAGUUAGGAAUGAGAGUGGGGAACAAAAUGGCAUCGUGAAGUCGGUCAAUUAUACGGUUCAAUAUAAGGAUCAGAAGUAA